CUACUUUUCUAGGUCUAAGCUUUGGAUAUGACUUGGAAACAAAAAAUCUAGAAGAAAAAAUACAAUGUUUGUUGCUCGCCGUCUUCAUCUUUCCUGCAAAUAUGGUGCUGCAAAUAUUCUCAGAGGGAAAAGGAUUCAAUCAUUCAAUUACAGUAAAUCAACAAAACGGAGCAGUGGAAAGACAGAUGUUAACCCUCAGUUGCUUAUAGGAACUCAAACUUAUCCACGCUCACGUCUUCGUUAUGCUGCUCCAGCACUCGUGCUUGGGUUUACUGGAUUCAUCGGGUUUCUUCAUUACAACGACGAAAGGAGAGCUGUUCCUAAAGGUAUAACAAGCAGCAAUAGCGGUUGUGGUUGUGGUUCUAAUACAACUGUCAAAGGUCCGAUCAUCGGAGGUCCAUUCACGCUUAUGAGUACACAAAACAAGAUUGUCACCGAGAAAGAGUUUUGUGGUCAAUGGGUUCUGCUCUACUUUGGAUACUCGUUUUCCCCCGAUGUUGGACCGGAGCAGUUGAAAAUGAUGUCCACAGCAGUUCAUCAAUUAGAGUCUAAUCAUGACCAGAAGAUUCUGCCUGUCUUUGUCACUCUUGACCCUCUACGAGAUACACCUUUUCAUCUCCAUGCCUACUUGAAAGAAUUUGACAGUAGGAUACUUGGACUGACUGGAUCCGCAAGUGCAAUUAGGCAAAUGGCGCAAGAGUAUCGUGUUUAUUUCAAGAAGGUCCAAGAAGAUGGUGGCGAAUAUCUCGUUGGUACUUGUCACAACAUGUACUUGUUGAAUCCAAAGAUGGAGGUUGUCAGAUGCUUUGGGGUUGAGUAUAAUCCAGCUGACCUCUCACGAGAGGUUCUUAAAGAAGUUACUUCCGUUUCAUAG